AUGGCGUACCAGGAUCUUCCAUCCCGUCAAAAAUCACAGAGACUAAUUAACAAAAUGAGACUGAACCGUAAUCGGUUUCAACAAUUCAGACAAAAAGCCAAAAAUAUUAAUAAUAUUAAUGAGUUACUUCCAGGUUUGAAUGAUAUUAGUGAUGCGUUCGAAGCGUUACCACAAGAUUUGAUAAAAUACUUUACAUUGUUGAAGGAAAUAGAUGCCAAGUGUAUAAAUACUUUUCCGAGGAUAAACAGUUUGAUUAGCAAAUACAUUGCAAACUUACAUUCUACAAACGAGGAUCCUGAUUCAGUGAAGGUUGAUAACUUGUCACGAAUGAAGAACAAAAUUAAUGAGAUCAUCCCAUGCCUCGAAGAAAAAAUGCAUGUUACUUCUGUAGCAUCAGAUCUCAUGAGUAAGCACUUGUUUAGAAUCAACAACGAUUAUAAGUUGAUUGUGCAAAAUAACGAAAUUCCUGAAUCAAUAAGAAUUGGACCCUUGAACCAUCCGGCCAUGAUCAUGGACUCCUCUUCUCCAUCUGAUGUUGCGAACCCAAACAGAUCUGCUCAGAGUCAAAGGAGUGAAAGCAGGCGAGAAGCUUUGGCCGCUAGAAAGGCGAAUAAGGAAAGCGAUGAUACCGACAAGAGAAAGAAAGUUAAGGACCCGACACCCGAAAAUAAAUCCAGUAGUCAAUCCAACACAGGUAAAAAGAGAUCAAGAAAAGAUACCGAGGAGGUUUCGCGGUCAGGAACACCAGUUGGCCAACCAAGCAAGAAGAGAACGAAUAAAAUAAGGACAGACGAAGGUUCAUCUAAUACGGCCCAUCAAAACAGUAAUAAAAAUACAUUGGGCUCCAGUAACUCCAAUAGCAAUGAACCCACAUACUGCUAUUGUAACCAGGUGUCUUUUGGAGAGAUGGUGGGUUGCGAUGGUGACGAUUGCAAAAGAGAGUGGUUCCAUCUUCCGUGCAUUGGAUUUAAAAACCCUCCAAAAGGUAAGUGGUAUUGUGACGACUGCCUAGUCAAGAUGAAGACCUUAAAGAAGAUUUAA